AUGUUUAUCAAAGUGCUCCUGAUCCUCCUGAGCACCCCCAUACUCCUGCCGUCUAGGAUUGAAGGAACUCAUGUUGAAUCAGAGGUGGAACCAUGUACUUAUCCUAAUGAUGUCUAUGGCCCCAAGCCCCAGGCUCCCCAAAAGAAACUUCCCUCUGAAAGAAUAAAGGCCACUCCUAUUGAUACCCAAGAUGACCUUGUAAAAAUGGCAGAAGCCACUCAAAUCCUGGACAGUAUCCUGAAGAAUUCUGAUUCCAAACUGCGCCCUGGCAUAGGUGAGAAACCCACUGAGAUUACUGUUGAGCUCUUUGUCAACAACUUUGGUCCUAUCUCUAUCGCAGACACAAAGUACUCCAUUGACAUCACCUUACACCAGACCUGGUAUGAUGAACGCCUUCGGUACAAUGCCAGCUUUGAGAGCUUUGUUCUGCAUGGCAACAUGACAAAAAAUUUAUGGAUCCCAGACACCUUUUUUAAGAAUUCUAUGAACAUCGAUGAACAUUCGAUCACUACACACAGCAGGGUGACCCGCAUCUACAAGGAUGGCAAAGUGUUGUUCAUAGAUAGGAUGACCAUUGAUGCUGGAUGUUCAUUCCACAUGUUCAAAUAUCCACUGGAUUCUCACUCUUGCCCUCUGUCUUUUUCUAGCUUUUCCUAUCCUAAGAAUGAGAUAACGUACAAAUGGAAAGAUUUCAAGCUUGACAUCAAUGAGAAUAAUUCCUGGAAGCUCUUACAGUUUGACUUUACAGGAGUGAGCAAUAAGACCGAAACUAUCUCAAUGAUGGACGGUGAUUUCAUGGUCUUCACGCUUGUCUUUAAUGUAACCAGGCGAUUUGGCUUUAGUACUAUUCAAAACUAUAUCCCUUCUUUUAUGACCACAAUCAUGUCCUGGAUUUCCUUUUGGAUCAAGAAAGAAUCUGUUCCAGCCAGGACCUCUAUAGGCCUCACCUCUGUACUAUCCAUAACCACAUUGGGUUCCUAUACCCAGAAGGAUUUCCCGCGUGAAUCCUAUUUGACAGCCUUGGAUGUCUACACUGCUAUUUGCUUCCUCUUUUGCUUAUGUGCUCUGGUGGAGUAUGCUGUGAUUAAGUUCCUGAUCCACAACCACAGGAGACCCAGUGCUUCUCCGAGACUUCGCUAUCCUCCUACCCGUACCCGUGACCUUACCUCACCCCGCAUCCAAGCCCAACAGCAACAGCAGGAAGGUAUUUUUGUAUUGGACAUCGAGGGAACUGGUCAGGAGAAUAAUGAAGAGGAUGGCCCAUCUUCUCCACCUCAACAGUCCCUCAACCCGAAUCUCACCCAGCGCCAUCGCAGCUGCUGCAGGCUCUGCAAGUACCUGUGCGUGGUCAGCAGUCGUGAUGGCAGUUUUUGGCAUCAGGGACGCCUUUUCAUCCACAUUUACCAACUGGAUAACUACUCACGAGUUAUUUUCCCAGUGACCUUCUUCAUUGUCAAUGUGCUCUACUGGGUUAUUUGCUUUAACCUGUAG